UGUCUCCUCUCCUGAAAGAGCUGGCUUCAGCAGUCUGCCUGAAACGAGCGAUGCAUACCCACACAUACAUUGGGUGCUACGGCCCCCAUCUGUGCUAAUCACAGGGUCUGUGUGUGUGAGUGUGUGAGUGUGUGUGUGUGUGUGUGUGUGUGUGUGUGUGUGUGUGUGUUUGUGUGUUCCUGGCUGCAGCACAGCAGUGAGGAUAUGUAGCUUCCUGUGUGCUGCUAGGCAGCCCAAGCUCAUUCUGCCGCAUGCCGCUUACCGCCACCAUUACGCAGAGGAAUUCCCUGCUGCCUCCGCUACUGCUGCUCACAGAGAGUGCGAGUGUGGGUUAGAGAGAGGACAGAGGAGAGGAGGAGAGAGGAGACAUGCAGCAAAGCAACACUGGCAGAUAGAGGACAGAGCUGGAUUUCACAUUGGAUUUUACAUGAAGAUGUGCACUGUUUGUUUACAAGGAAAUCACUCUGUUUAUGGGAUUUAUUGCUGACCCCUGUGCUCCUGAAUUGUGCACGUAUGUAAGAGGGAACACUGUGUAUUUAUGUGUGUGUGAAAGAGAGAGUGUGUAAGUGAUUGUUUCGGUGUGUGUGUGUGAGUGUUCCUGAUGCGGUCGGAACGGGCUAGCCGUGUGUGUAUCGUGGUGCUGGAGGAGGUGGAGGAGGAUGAGUCCUCUUCUUCAUCCCCACCUCCUCAGCCCAAAUCUUCCCCAGACCGCAGAUCCCAUCAUGCCUCUCGAAGGGCUGCUGCUCAGGAGGACAAGCCGUCUCUGUUAAGAGCUAUCUUCAACGUGGACCCAGAUGAGGUUCGCUCUCUCAUAUUCAAGAAAGAGGAUGUCAACAUUCAGGACAAUGAGAAGCGGACGCCUCUGCAUGCCGCAGCCUACCUGGGAGACGCUGAGAUCAUCGAGCUGCUCAUCCUCUCAGGAGCCCGUGUUAAUGCCAAAGAUAACAAGUGGUUGACUCCUCUUCAUCGAGCUGUCGCCUCUUGUAGUGAGGAUGCGGUGGCUGUGUUGCUGAAGCACAGCGCAGACGUGAACGCUCGGGACAAGAACUGGCAGACGCCGCUCCACGUAGCAGCUAGCAACAAGGCAGUGCGCUGCGCCGAGGCUUUGGUCCCGCUGCUCAGCAACGUCAACGUGUCUGACCGAGCGGGACGCACUGCCCUGCACCACGCUGCCUUCAGUGGACACGUAGAGAUGGUGAAGUUGCUGCUGUCCAGAGGAGCCAACAUUAAUGCAUUUGACAAGAAGGACAGGAGAGCCAUCCACUGGGCAGCCUACAUGGGUCACCUGGAGGUGGUGAAGUUAUUGGUGGCCAGUGGAGCUGAGGUCGACUGUAAGGACAAGAAGGCCUACACCCCACUCCAUGCAGCCGCCUCCAGUGGCAUGAGCAGCACAGUGCACUACUUGCUGAACCUGGGGGUCCAUGUGAACGAGGUGAAUGCGUAUGGUAACACCCCACUCCAUUUGGCCUGUUACAAUGGACAGGACGUGGUGGUCAGUGAGCUCAUCGAGGCGGGGGCCAAUGUCAACCAGGUGAAUGAGAGAGGGUUUUCUGCUCUCCACUUUGCCUCCUCCUCACGCCAGGGAGCACUGUGCCAGGAGCUGCUGCUAGCCCACGGAGCUCACAUCAACAUGCGGAGUAAGGACGGUAAGACUCCCCUCCACAUGGCAGCUACGCAUGGAAGGUUCUCCUGCUCUCAGGCCCUCAUUCAAAAUGGAGCUGAGAUUGAUUGCGAGGACAAGAGCAGAAACACUGCCCUUCACAUCGCUGCCCGCUAUGGCCAUGAGCUCAUCAUCACAGCACUCAUCAAACAUGGAGCCAGUACCGCCAAGAGAGGCAUUCACGGGAUGUUCCCUCUACACCUGGCAGCUCUCAGCGGCUUCUCAGAUUGCUGCAGGAAGCUGCUGUCCUCAGGGUUUGACAUAGACACCCCUGACGACUUUGGGAGGACCUGUCUACAUGCUGCUGCAGCUGGAGGGAACCUGGAGUGUCUGAACCUGCUGUUAAACAUAGGAGCAGAUUUUAACAGGAAAGACAACUUUGGAAGGACUCCAUUACACUAUGCAUCAGCCAACUGCAACUACCAGUGUGUGUUUGCCUUGGUGGGCUCCGGGGCAAGUAUCAAUGAGCUGGACCAGAGAGGCUGCAGCCCCCUGCACUAUGCUGCUGCUGCUGACACUGAUGGAAAGUGUGUGGAGUACCUGUUGAGGAACGAUGCUGAUCCAGCAGUGAGAGACAAACAGGGUUACAGCGCUGUGCAUUACGCCUCAGCCUACGGACGCACACUCUGCCUGGAACUGAUGGCAAGUGAGACACCUCUUGAUGUGUUAAUGGAGACAUCAGGAACAGACAUCCUGAGUGACUCAGAGAACCAGGCACCUGUCAGCCCUCUGCAUCUGGCGGCUUACCAUGGACACUGUGGAGCAUUAGAGGUCCUCUUGUCAUCCCUGCUGGAUGUGGACGUUCGCAGCCCAGAGGGUCGGACCCCCCUCAGCCUGGCCUGCUCUAGGGGUCAUCAGGAGUGUGUCUCCCUGCUGCUGCACCACGGCGCCUCACCCAUGACCCACGACUACACACACAAAAAGACAGCCAUACACGCUGCAGCUAUGAAUGGCCACCCAGAGUGCCUGCGCCUGCUCAUGAGCAACAACGACCAACGCAUAAAUGUGGACGUACAAGACAUCAACGGACAGACUCCUCUGAUGUUGGCAGUGCUGAACGGACACACAGAGUGUGUGUACUCUCUGCUCAGUCAAGGAGCCAGUGUAGAGAAUCAGGACCGCUGGGGAAGGACGGCACUACACAGAGGGUCAGUGACAGGCCAGGAGGAGUGUGUGGAGGCCCUCCUCCAGCGGGGGGCCAGUGUGUGUGUAAGGGACAUCAGGGGCCGCUCCCCUCUUCACCUGGCAUCGGCUUGCGGCCGUGUGGGUGCCCUGGGUGCCCUGCUGCAGGCCACCAGCGCCUCACACGCUGACAUACACCUCACUGACAACCAGGGCUACACACCGCUACACUGGGCCUGCUACAACGGAUAUGAUGCAUGUGUGGAGGUGUUGUUAGACCAGGAGGCGUGCAGGAAGAUUAAGGGAAACUCAUUCAGUCCACUGCACUGUGCUGUCAUGAACGAUAACGAGGGAGUGGCUGAGAUGUUAAUUGACUCCCUGGGCACAACUAUCGUCAACACCACUGACUCUAAGGGCAGGACCCCUCUUCACGCUGCAGCUUUUUCCGACCACGUGGAGUGUGUUUCCCUUCUCCUGAGCCACGGAGCUCAGGUGAACGUAGUCGACACGAACACGCGGAGGACACCGCUGAUGAUGGCAGCUCUUAACGGACAGACCAAUGCUGUGGAGGUGCUGGUGAGCAGCGCUAAAGCAGACUUGGCACCACAGGACACAAACAGGAACACAGCUUUACAUCUGGCUUGCAGCAAGGGUCAUGAGACGAGUGCCUUGUUGAUCCUGGAGAAGAUCAGUGACAGGAACCUCAUCAACUGCACCAAUGCUGCUCUCCAGACGCCCCUGCAUGUAGCAGCCAGGAAAGGUCUGACGGUGGUGGUCCAGGAGCUGCUGGGGAAAGGAGCCAGUGUGUUAGCGGUGGACGAGAACGGUUACACUCCAGCUUUGGCCUGCGCUCCAAACCGUGAUGUAGCCGACUGCCUGGCCCUCAUCCUCAACUCCAUGAUGCCCACCUCCCCCAUGGUCACCAUAGCAGCUAUACCUGCACUUUCUCUCACUCAGACAGUCAUCAACCACCACCCAACCUCCAAUCACAUCUCCAAGGGCGUGGCCUUUGAUACCCCACCCCCUCUGCGGCCUGACCAUGCCUCCUACUGCAGGCCGGAGCGCCCGCUGUCCUCUGUCUCUGCAGACGAUGAACUGAACGACUCAGACUCUGAGACAUACUGAGGACUGCUGGACAGAGCCCCACGAUACUGGUAGGCUAGCCAGCCACUCAGGAGCCUUAAUAGUUCACUGACAAGGGACAGAAAGAGAGGGAGGAUGGAGAAAAUAGAGCAGAUUAUUUUUAGGUAAGCCUCUUCAAAUUAAGUAAUAAUAAUUGUUGUAAACCUGAUGUUUGUCUCCUUAAGGUCCGUACCCAGGGAAUGGAAAAUAAUGUACUAAAAUAUAGAGUAAGGUGAAUACACACUACAUUUCUCUCAGACGGCAUCACUGUACGGUCAGUAACCAGUAUGACCAGUGUCUUUUUAAAUUUAAAGCAGUGUCAUUUUUCUUUUUAAAUGCAGCUCCUUUUUGCUGCUACUUCCUGGAGUGGUUUUAAGCAUUUUCACUGUUUUUCUUUAAACUAUUACUAGAAAAAAAACUUAAGAGGACAGCUUUUUGUCAUGAAAGUCUAAAGGAAAAAAAAAAAACAGAGAGACAAUCUUAUGGGACCAGGUGAUUGAUGAGCCGUUUUCCUCUACUGUACUUUUGAGUUUUAAUUCAGAGCUUUUCUCCAAGCUGUCGUGGCAGACACUGAUGGCUCUCCCCUCAUGCAUAUUGGUAAUGCUGCGUCACUGAUGUUGAACCACUCUUUGAUUCCCAGGAGAGGAAGUCAUUAUUGAAUCCUAUGAAUUUAUUCCGAGUGGAGGCUGAGUCCUUUGGAGCAGACUCUGACAGCAGGUGGAUGUAAGACCCAUUUACUGUAUGAUUGGUUCAGGAGUCAGCUGGUUGACAGUGCAAAGGAGCACCCCAAGGAACUUUUAACUUGCAAUGCUGUAAACUACUUAAUGUCUGUGUACUGUACUGGAGACAGGAGAAAGUGGCUGACACUGUGCAUAUGUGUGUGUAAGAAAGAUUGUGUGUGCGUUUGUGUGUGUGAGAUAGAGAGAAAGAGACAUUAAUAAAUAUUGCCUUUUUAGGAACAAGCAACUUUCAGGCAGAGGAUGAACACUACUUGGUGCAAUGUUUGUAAAGAUGAAGUAACGAAUGAAUAAAGAUAUUUGUUUUUGAUUUA